GCUGCCCCGGCUGCCAUGAGUUGUGCGGAGGUGAUGUAUCACCCCCAGCCGUAUGGAGCGCCCCAGUAUCUGCCCAACCCCGUGGCAGCUGCAACCUGCCCCACAGCCUGUUACCACCCGGCGCCCCAACCUGGCCAGCAGAAGAAGUUAGCGGUAUACAGCAAGAUGCAGGACUCUCUGGAAGUCACCCUUCCCAGCAAACAAGAGGAGGAGGAGGAGGAGGAGGAGGAUGAGGAGGAGGAGGAGAAAGACCAGCCUGCCGAGAUGGAGUACCUUAACUCUCGCUGUGUCCUUUUCACUUAUUUCCAGGGAGACAUUGGGUCAGUAGUGGAUGAACACUUCUCAAGAGCUUUGGGCCAAGCCAGCACCCUUCAUCCAGAAUCUGCCAUUUCAAAAAGCAAGAUGGGGCUAACCCCCUUAUGGCGAGACAGCUCAGCUCUGUCAAGCCAGCGGACUAGUUUCCCGACUUCCUUUUGGACCAGCUCUUACCAGCCCCCACCCGCACCCUGUUUGGGGGGCGUUCAUCCUGACUUCCAGGUCACGGCACCCCCGGGCAGCUUCGCGGCCGCCGACCCCAGCCCCUGGCCGGGCCACGGGCUGCACCAGACUGGCUCCGCCCCCGCACCGCCCGCGUCGGAGUCCUGGGCCUACCCGCUGGCUUCUCAGGUGAGCCCGUCCUACGGCCACGUGCACGACGUGUACCUGCGGCCCCACCCCCCGCACGUGCACCGCCGCCAUCACCACCACCAUCACCAUCACCACCUCCCUCCGGCGGGCUCCGCGCUGGAGCCGCCUUACGGGCCCCUGCUGAUGCCCUCCGUGCGCGCCGCCCGGAUCGCCGCGCCCCCGUGUGACGUCACGAAGGCGGAUCCCGCGACAGUCACCUCCGCUACCUCAGCGUGGGCCGGAGCCUUCCACGGAGCCCUGGACGUGGUGCCGAGUGUGGGCUUUGACGCAGGUCUACAGCAUCAGGACAAGGGCAAGGAAUCACCGUGGUACUGAAGCACACAGUGUUAUCAAGUUAAAUUGGAGCAUGAAUCCAUGGGCCCACUGGGAAAAGAUGCUGCCAGGGACUGUCAUUCUGCAGCGGGACAUAUUAGACGCGGAAGGAAAAGAGGAAGUGCUCUCCAGCUGACUUUGGUUUGGAGCCUUUUCUUGAGAAAGCAGAAUGAGUCCUAGACAUUGAAGAAAAGCAUUUUUGUUUAUUUCUUUCCCUCAUCUGAGCCUUUGCCAACUGUGCAACUCUCUCUCUCUCUCUUUUUUUUGUUUUGCUUUUAUCAAUACAUAUUUUAAUUUUUGGUUUGACUUUUUUUUUUUUUUCCUUCUUUUUGAACCAAUUACCUUGUCAGGAAACAAUGAACCACAAAGAAAAUGUUCAUUCUUUCAGGAAUACAAUUUUGUAUUUCUAUGUUCUUCUAUUUUUGUAAAAAUAUGGGAAGUUUGAUUUAGCAUUGAUGGGCUAUUUUUGAGGGAUUUUUUUUUUUUUUUAAUAUUGUAAAAAUUGUUAAGUUCUGUUUAAAGAACUUGCUCUCAGAGAAGCACUGGCUAAAGUGUUUAAAAUGCUUGUCUCUAAGAUAUCUGUGAUAUGCUCUGUGCUCUAAGUUACCUCAAAUGUGUGAUAGUUUCUUCUUUUUACAAAAGUAGCACCAUAGCCAAGCCAAUAUAGUAUUGUUUCACAUUAAGUCUCAGUGAAGAUUUAAUUCCAUGAUAGCUUACUUAGUUCUGAGUUACAUGUGUAGCUUGAAAAGGAAGUUUUUUAAUGAUCACACUAAAAAGCUAUUCAUUACUUUGAUUUCUCCCAAAGACUGUUUGGAGGUUGACUAAGAAAGUUUUCAUAAACUUUCAAUCAGAUGGAGAGUUUGCCUGAAGUAUAUAAUUAUCUUUGUAGUCCAUCCAACUUUGAUAAAAUGGAACCAGAAUUUACAACCAGCUACUGGGGGCGGGGGGAAAGCUUAACCAUGCUAUCUUUGAGUGCCAGUGACUUAUUUUUCUUGUUUAUAGUUAUUCAUUAAGUGAGUUUUUCCUGAAGAUAGUUUGAAAGGAUUCUGUUUGGGAAAGUACUAGACACAUGACAAAACCUUUCACUCAGUGGCUGUUUCUGAGAGUUUUAUCCAUCAUUAUAAGUUGAAGGUUAAUGUAUUUCAUAUGUACUGUUUUAAAAAAGGUUUUUGCAAGUCUUAUUUGUUUAAUUCUGGUUUUAAUUGAUCAGAUUCUUUUUAAGAAAAAAAUUGGGGGCAAGAUAUAUUUAAAUUGGGAUUUAUACUAUAAUUACUGAAAUUAAGUUAAUAAAUUAGCAAUUUAUUAUUUGAAAUUUAUUACUGGGGACUCAGGAUUCAACUUGACAUGGCCCUCAGGAUCUAAAUAAGAAAAAGUUAGGAUUAUCAUUAAAAUACUAUUAGGAAAAGAUUAGGAUUAUCAAAAAGCAGUUAUUGAUAUUUUAAAAACUUUCAAUAUAAAGUCCAUUCUUUCAGAUGCUUCCAGAGUUGGGUCACGUUAAAAAAGUUGUGUUACAUAGAUGUUUUAGUUUGUCAAAAACGUUUCUCAAAUUUUUUCCAUCCCUGUCCUCAUCCAUGUGAAAUUAAAUGUUUAGUGAAAUUUCAUUUUCUAUCUUAAAUAGUAUAACUUAUAUGUGUGAACAUUUUAGGUAUAAGAACAACACAGUCUGCUUAGCUAGGCAAAAUUCUCACAAAUCAUUUUCAAAUAUUUCCCUGUUGUUCCAUAGUUUUCUUUCCUGGUGCAUCUUAUUAGUUAUAAAUUUAUGCCCUCUCUUGUAUUUUCAUCACUAUGUUUCUUCUUAACCAGACUCCCUUUGACAUGGUAUACACAUUUACCUAAUGUGAGGUCUAAACUUAAGGAAUUAGUCCACUUACUAAUGAUAUGAACUUAGAUUUCUAGGGAGUGGCUUGAUUAAAUUAUCUACAUUUUGAUCUGCAGUUUAAUUUGAUAUAGUUAUUUGUACUCUGCCUUUAUCUGUGUAGCACAAGGUUUAAUGAAUCUUUAAAAUGGGUUUAUUUUGUAUCCUCCUGAAUUCUCAAAGGCCAGUGUUCAGCAGCUUCCAUGGGAUGGUUCAGUGGGGAUUAUUUAUUUUUCUCUUCUUCCCUUGGAACCUGUUAACUUUGCAGUUUCUCUUAGAAUUGUGUGGUAUUCCAGUUCAUUCAGAUCACUCAAUUGGAUUUUCCCAAUUUUGAGAAGAAAUAUUUCAACUCUCUGCUUCUUUCCUUACUCUCUAGUGAAUUGAGUUGAAGGAGAGAGAGCUGACAGGUAGCUGCACUCUAAAUUUAGGGUGGCACUGGGCCGUGUGUCACUCCUGGUAGCUAUCUAGUGAAAUAUUCCUCGGCUCUGAGGACCCAAGAAAAGUUAGGGACCUAAAUUCUGCUGUAUGCAGGAGAGAUUUGUGAAUAAGAUCUCCCACUGAAAACAGGCCUGGGUGGUGUUGGCACUUUGCAAAGAUUGGAUCCUUGCAUAUACAAAGAGUGGAUCUAAAUCUAAGUCACAGAAGAAUGGGUGUGUCUCUGUGAUUGUCUGACAUGCCUUUGUUAUCAUUAUAUUACCAAAAUCACCAGAUGUCAUACAAGGGAUGAGUUGUAAUUUAGUAUGAUAAUCUGAGUUUAAGUUUUAAAUGCUUUCUCUGGAUGGAUUUUCUCCCACCAAAAUGAUACUGUUUAUCUCGGAGGUUUCCAGACUGCAUUAUUGAGGGCUACCAUUUCCCUCUACAGUUUCAUUUGGAAACAUUUUGCUUUUGGUUAUUUUACAAAUUAGUCUUUAUUCAAGCUUUCUAAAGAUCUGUGAGCUAGACCCUAGGAAAUUAUCUCAUUGAUUUUCCAUCUAAUCUAUGCUUUGACCACUAAGCUAUCUUGAUCUGAGGAACAAUAAAAUAGUGACUAGUUAGAUCCUAACAAGUUAUUUGGUUCCUCACUGUUAAUUUGAAAAGCACCUCUAAAUGUUUAAAAAUCAGUGUUUCUUCUUAAUAAGGCUAACAAUCCCUUCUUAACUUUCCCCUUUAAUUUUUCUCCCCUCUUUCAUCUUAUGUGCAUUAUUAUUUUAAGCAAAAAGUAACAGGAAUUACUCUACAUUUUGCCAUGAGAACAAGUGGAUUGGGAGUAACAGAAAUUAAUUUCUUUCAUGUUGUAACAACCUUUAAAAAAAAAAAACAGUUCCAGGCACUGGCAUAAAAUGUGCCCUUAUGAAACUCCUUAUUUAUUAUGCAAAUAGUAAUCAGAUACUGUAUUUUAAGAAACUGCAUUCUGUCCCUUACUGAGUAGCCCUUGGUUACAUAAUAUAUGCCAAAUUAAGAAAAUGGGUCAGUGACACUAAGCAGUAGAAAAGGACAGUAUUUAUGUUACAAUUCUGACUGGAGGGUGAACAGAGAAGCAAUGAAUCAAUGAAAAAAAAUUGACUUGGACAUUGAUCAUUUUCUGAAUUCUGGCUUAGCCACAAUUAGAUGUGUGUUUUGGGGCUUCAUUUAUUUAUCUCAUGAGUAAAGUAGGAUAAUAAUACCUAACUGGCAGGCUAGGAAGGUUGGAAAUUAUAUUACACACACACACACACACACACACAUAUAUAUACACUCAAUAACAUGGCUCAUAGUAGACAUUCAGUUAAUGACAGAUUCCUCAAGUAUCUGUCAGCUGAGUAAGUAAAUAAUCAAAUUGCGCUCCCAAGUGUCCCUUUUCUUUACACACCCAUAUCUAUAGAAAGUUGAUAUACAGCUGUGCUUUUAUGUAAGAAAUCGUUGCAAGAGAAUCUUUGUCUUCUACUAGAUGUUGAAGAGAAAAUGUAAAUUUCUGAAUUAUUUCUGAUAUUUUAAUGUGCUGUUUAUGAAGGAAAAUAAAUUAACUUCUUAGUGGUAUAUAGGUCCAACUCUGCGUUUUCUUACAUUUCAGACUUGUAUUCAUCCAGAACCCUGUGAUUAUUGUCUCCAAAAUGAAAGUGACAGUUUCAUGAAAUCACCAAAGUUUUUAUUAUUUUUUUUAUUAUAGUUUGGGCUUUCUUAGCACCUAGAAUAAAAACAUCUCCUUUGAAGUUAGCCGUUUUUUUUUAACUUGGAGGAAAACUUGCAAAAUAUGGUGGAAAAAAAUUUUUCCGCAUGAAAAGAGGAGGGAAAAAAAAAAAAGCAACUCUUUACAGUCUCAGUCAGCAGAUUUAUUUGACUUGAGAAAAAAGAAACAACUUCAUUGGAAGCAGAUGUUGACACUGUGUCAGUUGUUGAAGAUGGAAGGGGUUCGCUUGAGCCAUUGUGGUUACAAGGGAGGUAUUGAUGGCCAUUAGAAUUCUUGUGAUUGAGCAUCUUAACAGCAGAUAGGACACUGGAAAAGCCAAGACUAUGAUACCAAGACUGAAAUCAGCCUGCCAAUUGUAAUUUACUGGACCCUAAAGACUCAGUUGUUUUAUUUUUUCCUCCUCCAGAAUAAAAGACCUAUCUUUCAAAAGAUUUAAGGUGGCUUUUGAGAGAGAAAUUAAAAUAUAUUCUCUAAAAACAUAGCCCAAGAGCCCUUUAUUAUUAAAGAUUAAAACUAAUAUUUAAGUCAUUUUAGAAGAAUCAGGGUAAAAUUUUGGUUUAAUAGUAUAUGUUGAAGAAAUAGUCUCACAGACAUAGAGAGCAGACUUCUGGUUGCCAAGGGGGAGGUGAGGUGAGGGAAGUAAGGAUUGGGAGUUUAGGAUUAGCAGAUGGAAACUAACAUAUUUAGGAUUGAUAAACAACAAGGUCCUACUGUGUAGCACAGGGAACUGUAUCCAAUAUCCUGUGAUAAAUCAUAAUGGAAAACAACAUGAAAAGGACAUAUACAUAUAUAUGUGUGUGUGUGUGUAUAUAUGUAUAUGUAUAUAAAUAUAUGAACUGAGUCACUUUGCUGUACCAUUGUAUUGAAAAAAUUAACACAGCAUUGUAAAUCAACUAUAGUUCAAUACAGUUAGAAAAAUAAUGUAUAUUGAAGAAGGAUAUGUAAACUGUACACAAAUGGAAGGCUCUAGAAAGUGGGGAAAAGGUGAGGUCCACAGAGAAACCUCACAUCCUAAUAGCUUCACAAUGUUAAUUAAUUGGUGACUUGAUCUUAGAGAUUGGGCUUAGAACAGACUUCAGAAUCUGUCAGUAGGUUUUUUUCUUUUUAGUGCUCUCUUGGAAUUUCCCUCUGUACACUUUUCCAAAGUAUAGAAAUAGUCGUAAUUAAAAUAUCUUAAUUCUGUUAUUUCUUUUAUUGUCCAUUGUGUGUGCUUGUUUGAAAAAUAUUUUUAUGGUUUCAAAUAAUUGAUCAAAUUAGUGUUCUCUUGAAAUUGCAAAUUAAUUUGAUCCAAUGCAAUUAUCCAAAUCUUCUUUUAAAAGUUUAAGAAAUGGUAAGUAAAAUUUACCAAUUCUCUUGUGUAAAUAAACAGUCACACCUUCUAGAAAAUGACAGGUCAUCAUCAGUUAGCUUCCUUGUUAACAAUUUCUGGACUACUAAAUUUUGACCUAAGAAUAACUCUUUUAGAAUACAAGAUUCUUUAAUUAGUUGUUUGGUAUAUGUAUAAGAUGUGAACUCUUCUAUGAUGUCUUUUUAUAUUGAUAGAGCUGUACAUUUUUUUCUUUGCUAUGACUAGGGCAAAAUUUAAUGAUUAUUUACACACUUGAUUUAAUUUUUUAGACUGUUUACAAUCUUGGAUGCGGUAUCUGAUUUAAAAUCACUAUUCCAUACAUGUUUCUGGAUACGCAGUUAAGGGAAGGGUUUUCAUGUGAAGUCUUUGUAUCAUUUUAAAAUGAGUAUAUUGAAAGGGAAAACAUAAACUCUGUUUUCAUCACAUAAAUUUAGAUCAGGUGAAAGCUUUUGUAAAAAUACAUAGUACAAUGAGCUUUAUAUUUGUCACUUGAUUAAGUGAACUGAAAACAUAAUAGAAAUGUUAUCUUACAACCCUUUAAUAAAAAAAAUCCAGAUUUAUUAGUUUGAUGAGCAAUUUUAUGCUAUCUUCAUUUUACAUGCCAAGAAAGAGAAAUUAAUCUUAGCUCUAUUGUCAUUCUUAAUUUAGAAAAUAUAUGUAACUCAUAAAAUUUUAGCUUUACAAGCUAACUAUAAAAUCAUAUAUAUAUAUAUAUAAAUAUAUAAAUAUAUAUAUAUAUAUAUAAAAUUUGUUGUUUUUCAUCAGGUUGGAGGAAGAGACAUUUUUGUAUUUCUAUUCACUCUUCAAAUUGGUCUCAUAACUAUGUGUUGAUGAUAUAAAAUGAUGGAGGACUUUGUAGUUAAAACAAAUGUCAUCUUCAGUUUGUUCAAUAAAUAACUUAAUGUGAACUCAAUGCUUAUAUUUUAAUGUAGCAGUUUGGUUUUGUCCACAUUUCUUGACAGUUAACUAAAGCUCUCUGUUUUCUUCUUAUUCAGUUAAGCAACUUACAAGUAUCUUUAGAAAUUAAAACACUUUAGGUGUUUUUUUUUUUUUAAUGAGGUUAAUUUUAUAGCCAAGGGAUUUAUGUGUUGUAGUAAGAAUUGUAUGGUUACAAAACAAGGGUUAUAAUAGAACAGCAAGUGAAAUGGGCUAUAUCAAUUACAUAAUAACAGGCUUGGGAACUUUGUAAUACAAUGCUUCUGAAGUUAUCAAUUAACUCUUCAGCAGAGGUGUACUUGGUUGUUUUGCUUUUGCAUUUGUUAAUGUGGAACUUGCUGUUAAGUCCUAUGGAAAACUUUCUUGACAAUUCAUUGACAUUGAAGAAAUACCCCUGGAAAGGAGAAGUCGAAGACCAUAUAUUUUUAAAGGAAGCUGGAGGUUCCCUAAUGGGCCCUCUAUUUUCUUGUUAAAUAAAUUUCUGAUGUGUAAAUGCAAAGCCUGGAAAUCAGCAUUUCAGUUAGUAGACAUUCAUCAUCACUAGUGAAAAUAACGUGACAUGGCUUUCUUAACUAUUUGCCAUAUUCAGACUAGACAAGUGUAAUGAGUUUUCUAUGGUUACUAUAAAAAGUUACCAAUCUUACUGGCUAAAAGCAACACAAAUUUAUCCGGUGGCUCUGUAAGUCCAACAUCCAGUACUGAUCUCAGUGGGCUAGAAGCAAGUUGUCAGCGGUGUUCUUUCUGGGAGAACUGUUUCUUUGAUGUUUCGAGUCCUUAGCUCAUGGCCUCUUCCUCCAUCUUCAGUGCCAAGAACCACUGGUCAAGUCCUUCUCAUAUGGGUCACUCUGACCCUCUCUUUUGCUUCCCUUUUACAAGUUUAAGGAUCUUUGUAAUUGCAUUGCCCCUGCCUGGAUAAUCUAGAAUAAUCUCUCCAUCUCAAGUUCUUCAUUUUAAGAUAAGUCCUUAGAUGUGAGCUAACAUAUUCACAGGUUCUGGGGGUUAGGAAGUGAACAUUUUGAGGGCGUUAUUCAGCCAACCACAGUUAUUAUUGGAUUUCAGUUAAUUGUCCUCAGCCCUUUCAUCUAAGAGGGUUUAAUGUGUCACUGUAACUAGCAAGGCACGUUCCGUGUGUACAGUGGUCAUCUGUGUAAGGAUUCAUCUACAUUCACUUAAAUAAUUGCAUAUAAAGGAAAUUCUUGUUACUUCAAGCAUUUAUGUGGUUCUUAUAGCGCCUUGGAAUUCAAAGGGUUAUAUUGUGUUUAUGUCAGAGAGGCGCUCAAGGGGGUGGAGACCAGGACAUCUGGUGCAGAUUCUUCCUAGCUGAAGUGUGUUUUCUCUGGGGACAAUCAUCUACCAUUUAAUUGUUUUGCUUCCUUUUUUGGGAAUAUAUGCCCAUCCUGUGAUGUCCUAAGUCUCCAAGCAUCUUAUUUGACCUGUUUAUACACAUUUGACUAACUAUCCAUAUAUGACUACAUUGACGUGGUAAAGCUUUUACAUUCCUGUCCAGAUUGAAUCCUUCCAUCUGUUAUCAGUUAAGCAGUGGAAAAACUGCUAUGGAAAGCAAAUAUGUUUUGAUACAUUUAAUGUGUAAAGUAGGAACCUAGAUUCUGGAAUGCUGUUGAUCAAUAAAUGAACUAGAAUCUCUUCAAAACAACA